AUGGAUGGGCUAGACAGCCGCGGGGAGGUGGUUGUUAUUGGAGCCACUAACCGUCUGGACUCCAUCGAUCCUGCACUCAGACGGCCCGGACGAUUUGACAGAGAGUUUCUCUUCGGCCUACCAGACAGAGAGGCUCGCAAAGAUAUUUUGAAGAUUCAUACUAGGCUGUGGGACCCGCAGCUGUCUGAUGUGUUUCUUGAAGAGUUGGCUGACAAGUGUGUUGGUUAUUGUGGCGCAGACAUCAAAGCUGUAUGUUCAGAAGCAGCUCUGUGUGCUUUGCGUAGACGCUACCCCCAGAUAUAUGCUUCCUCCCAGAAGCUCCUGCUGGAUGUGGAAUCCAUCAGUGUGAGUGGCCGGGACUUCCUCUCUGCCAUGAGGAAGAUAGUUCCAGCUUCACGGAGGGCAGUGGCCUCUCCAGCUAAAGCACUCACGCCUGUUAUUGAACCCCUGCUAAGCUCUGCCCUCAAUAAAACCAUGGAGAUGCUGCAGAGACUGUUUCCUCAUGUAGAGCAGGGCCUCAAGAAGAAAAGAGUUGCUGAGGGUGUGUCUGGCAUCUUAGAUGAUCUGCUACAGAGUGAAGAUGAGGGGUCCUCCGUGUGCAUUACUAAUAAAGGCCAGAAGAACACUGGAGCGGCUGCAUCUGCUCUUCAUCUGAACAGUUCAGCCACCCCAGAGGAGGCCUGUGCACAGGUUUUCUGUGAGGCAAGGAGAACCGCCCCCAGCAUUCUGUAUGUUCCACACAUCCAGCGCUGGUGGGACACAGUGAGUUCAACUUUAAAGGCCACAUUCAUCAGUCUCUUGCAGGACAUCCCUUCAUUCUGCCCAUGUCUCCUCCUCGCCACAUGCAGCUUUCCUCACCACACGCUCUAUCCUGAGGUUCAGGACCUUUUCCAUGUUGAGUAUGGUGAGGUGUUCAAUGUUCCACUUCCAUCUCGGGAGGAGAGGCUAAGAUUCUUUGAGGAUCUUAUUUUAAAUCAAGCUGCUAAAGCACCAGCAUCUAAGAGAGAAGCGGUCCUCCAGGCACUGGAGGUGUUACCAGCGGCCCCUCCGCUGCCUCCCCGCCAGAUCUCUGAGCAGGAGCUGCAGAAACUAGAAGAGCAGGAAGAGGAUACGCUCAGGGAACUCCGCCUCUUCCUGCGGGAUGUCACCAACCGAUUGGCUCAGGACAAACGCUUCAAGGCCUUUACAAAGCCUGUGGACACAGAGGAGGUUCCCGAUUACACUACAGUCAUCAAACAGCCUAUGGACCUGUCCACAGUUCUCUCCAAAAUUGAUCUGCACAAGUAUCAAACUGUGGCGGCUUACCUGCAGGAUGUGGAUCUGAUCUGGCAGAAUGCUCUCGAGUACAACCCAGACAGAGACCCCUCAGAUCGGCUCAUCAGACACCGUGCCUGUGCUCUUAAGGACACUGUGCAUGCCAUAAUCAGAGAUGAAUUAGAUGAGGACUUUGAGAAGAUCUGCGCUGAGAUCAAGGAGUCUCGCAUCAGAAGAGGCUCCACCUCAUCACGGUUCACUCCUGCCUACUACCACGUGCUGCCAAAGGUGUCCGCUACAGUGGAGCAGAAGACAGGUGAUCCAGCACCCAGUAAAGAUGCUACACUUGUGCCAGCACAAGCAGUGAUAUCACCAUAUCAAACAGGAAAUAAUACAGCUUCACAGAUGAAAAAGAAGAGGAAAAACCGAUGGAGAAAUGGCUUCAUCCGCAGAAAGAAAUCUUGCUCACAUUUGAACUCAAAAGAUAACCCUAACACAGCAGAAUCAGGGGACGAAGAGGAGGAUGAAGAGGAAGAUGGAAAACUGGCUGAGAGUGAAGACCCAGAGAAGAUGAAAGAUGUUGAAUGUGAGUCAAUGGAGACUGAUUGCUGUGCUCGUACAGAGGAACCCUUAGAAUCCACGGCUGUAGCACAGAACAACAACAUCUCUAAUGAAGGACAAGAAUGUGACAAUACUGCCUCUGCAAUAGACGAAGUCAUUAGUGUUGAGACCACCCAGAAUAAUGCCAUAAAUGGCCAAAAUGGUGUCCAAGAAUCAGAGAGCACUGAACCUAAGAGGACGGGGCCAAGUGCAGAGGACAACACGGGAACAGAGUUGAGACCGAGGCGGAUGACGAGAGGCUUUAAGAUGCAGGCUGAACAGCAGAGUCUAAUCAGUGUGGAUGCUGCCAUGAAGAUCCUAGAGCAGAAGAACAUGCCUCUUAUCGUGGACCACAACAAACUGAAAGAACUUCUACAGACAGUUGUGGACCUGACAGAGGGAUAUGAGGUCAAUCAGCUGGAGAAACUGUAUGCUCUGCUGUGUCAGAGUAUUUAUAGACACAGGAAAGAUUAUGACAAGACUGCACUUAUACAGGAGAUGUCAAAAGAAGUUGAGGAGUUUUCCUAG